AUGUCAUCAGGUUUGAAAAUCAAUUUGAAAAAGAAACUAGGUACAAAGAAGUUGAAACCUUUGGCUGAUGAAAAAGAAGAAUUUACGACAAAAACAUUAAUUAAUUCAUAUUCAAAAGAAGAUUCAAAAGAACCACCACCUAAACAAUGGGUAAUAAAACCUAAAAAAGUAAGUAGUUCUAUAAAUGUAAAACCAACACCAAAAAAAGAGGAAGAGAAAUUGAAAUAUGGAGUUACUGAAUUUACUAAAACCACCACAAAUGAAGAAGAAUCAAUCGUUAAGAAGUUAAUAUAUGAAUCAGACGAUGAAUCAAAUAAUGACUCCGAGAACGAAAAUAUACCAGCAGAAGAAUUUGGUGCAGCUUUUCUACGAGGUUUAGGAUGGGAUGGGAAGGAAGAAGACGAAGAAGCAGAAGAAGAAAAUAAAAAAGAAAGUAAAGAAAUACGACAUCGACAAAAGGGAAUAACUUUAGGUAUUGGAGCAAAACCAAUAGAUGUAGAUUUAGCAAAAGAUUUACAAAAUCAAGAAUCAAAUGGUAAACCAAUGAUAAAACGACGAAAAAUCAAUAAGUAA